GGCUGUGGGACAUGCACCCGUAAAUUACUGGUGCAUGCCCUGUCAGUCCAUAUCCCGGGUGUCUUGGGGAUGGUAGACCCACAGACCCCAAACCUGGCCGCCAUUCGUUGGGCGGCGGUGAAAGAACUGGCGAGGAGGGUGAGUGGCCCAUCGGCUACUCCUCAUCAGUUAGCAAGUAGACUGGGACCGCUGAUCCCGAGUAUGGUUGGCCCGUCAGCGGUGGACGUGCCCGCGUUAGAGCAGAUGGCCCGUUUUUUAAACGAGCCAUCUGAGCAGUUUACACUGCACCCAGUGUUGAGCGUGGCAGCGCUCAUUCACUGGAGGGCGUUACUCCAUGCUGUGGCGUUGUUACCACUAGACGACCGCAUUUGGUUUGUGGGCUGGUCGGCUCCUGGGGUGGAGGUUCACCGGAAAAAGUGUAUCCCGGCGGGGGCCGAGCCCUCUGAAGACGACGCACCAGGAAAGCUGGUAAUCAUGAGGACCGGGGAGUCGACAGCGGAGGACAACACUCCGAUGGUUUCAGGUGGAGCAGAGCCCAGUGAGAACUGGGUGGCUUCUCCUGUGCCACCAGUCGUGGGGAGGGAUAAACUCCAGGGGGUGGAUGCCCAUUUUUAUCCCAAGUCUUGUACCCGGGUCAUGAAACUGGACACAGCUCCCAGUUUGGAGCAGGUGGUGCAUCACCAAUACCCGCACCGCACUUCCUGCCCUGCCAUUGAUGUGGUGGGUGGGGUGUCUGUGUACACCGAGCCGUGUUAUUUUCCACACAUGGUGGAAUGUUACCCGGCCUGGAAAGUGACAGUGGGAAUUCAUCCACGGUUCGCUACCACUGUCCAAGAUGCAGACAGGAGAUGGGUUGGGCGGAUGGCCGCUAUAAAAGGGGUGGCCCUCUUCGUAGGGCUGGACCAUUCUUCCUUGGUGGGGACUUGGAGGGCCCAGGAGUUGCUGCUUAAGUUGAUCCUGGAGGUGAGCAGGCCAACCACCCCAGUGGUAGCAAGUUUUGUGGGGGGGAGCUGGAGUCGCGGCCCUCUAGCAGCCGGUCUCCUCCUCCUUCAGGAGCGGUGUGCCCCGUCGCAGCUACUACACCUAACCUCUUUUGACGGGGGGCGCCAGGCGGUGCAGGAUGCCCGCAGACUGUUCCCGGAGACCUAUUUUGGGAUUUCUGGAAAUGUGUUUGAAAUGGACUGGGAACAACGCCAGGCGGUGGUGCUCAUCCCCGUCGAUCGUCUACUCUUGGAGACGAAUGCCCCUCACGUUGGAAGGAGGGGACAAAGUCCUAGUGGCCCGUGUUACCUGGGCGAGGUGGCAGCUGAGGUGGCCAGGGUUCGCCAAACAUCUUUGGAGGCAGUGCUGCAGAGCACGGUUUCAAACGCCCGGCGGUUGUACGGGAUUGCCAAUGUGUAAGGGGGGUGACUUUGAGAUAUUUAGAUCUGUCAUGAUAGCUUUUAAACCAUGGAAUUUAUGGUCAGGUUUGUAUGGAAUGGGUUGAUACCCGGCAUUAGCUGGGAACACCCUUCCAUAUAAUUCAUAAUUACACAUUCUAGUAAUAUAUCUAAUUAUUGUCAUCAAUAAUUUAAUUUGGUAGGACAAUUUUAAUGGUGGUUUUCUAGACAAGAGAAUUAGGGUUAAACUUAAAAAAUGUAUUAUAUGCCUAAUCUUAAUUUUUAUUUCAGGUCUAACAAUAUUGUCCAGUUAAAUGUCUUUCAGGUGAAUGGUUGGUGUUCAGCAUCCACUUGGGGAACAGUUAAUUGGGUAUGGGAGACCUGUGGGUAAGUAGUAAUAGAAGAUGUCCCAGGAAGGGGGGUUGGAUUUUGGGUAACUGGGAAAAGACCUUAAUUUUAAGGGGUCUCUUCUUGGGUAAGUAUGUAAUGCUGAGAAGAUAAAACAGGACAUAAAAUGAUAUUUUUCCUGGAUGAUGCGGACCGUUUCCAUCCUUUUGUGAGGGGGAGGGAAGGUAUCAGCCAUGAAAAAUCCUGUUUUGUCUUGUUUUCCUUGGGGAGAGGGUCCCAAAUUAUUUUGUAGGGGAAUAAUAGUUAAUUUUCAAUUAACUAUUACUAAGUUAAGGGAUAGUUAUUUGGUUUAUGAUUCUUUUUUAUUAAGGAUUUAAUUAGGAGGCCAACAUCAUAUAGGGCAAAAUAUGAUGGACCAGUUUUUUGGUAGGUUUGUGUAAUAUAGUGUAAAAUAAGUUGCCUUGGUUGACAUUUGCAUAAAAGGCAGAGUUGAAAGUUAGUUAACUGUUUAACAUUUUGGAAUAUUUAACUGUUUAAAUUUGAAGUGUUUAACUUUUUAAGUGUUGUUCACCGAAUAGCUCUUGGUGUUUAAUUAAUAAUAUUCCUGGAUGUGACUGUAACUGUGCUUUAAUGCAUAACUAUAAUAUUCCUGGAUAUAACUUUUAACUGCUUUUCUGGAUGCCACCACCAGAUAAGUCAGUGUUUUUUCACAAAUGUGACAUGACUGUUUCUUUUGGAGGGUAGUUUUAACAUAAAACGAUAGGAAACCCUGGAUGUUUCCAAAGAACCUGUUUAUUCAUGGAUGUUCAUCGAAUCCUGGCCCGGGUGAAUCUGAGCCAGGAAGCUGCUGGAGAAGUGUUCAAUGUUCCCUGGAAAUUCGGGAGGUGAUCUCCUCUUCUAUAAAACGGGGAAGAGUGUGGUGACUCGCGACCAGUCAACGACCGGAUGGAGACUGUGUAAAUGGUCCACCGCAACACCCCUGGAGACAGAAGGUCUACUGGUAUAUGACCAUAUAGAGCUUUGGCGGGAAGAAGGAGCCCAUCGGUUGGACGAGGAACGUCACGUGGGCGCCGAGAACCAGAAGACAGUUUUGGGAAUUGGAAGGCCCACUCUCUUGCGACUGAACCGUCAUUACGAAAACUAAACCGCAUACAUCAGUUGACGAUUUGGUGAGGACUAACAACUUCAGCAGGUGCCAAACCACAAAACGAACAUGGAUGUAGCAAAUGAUGUUGUUCUGUCAAUGUGCAGGUACAUGGCACAUAAGUUGUUGUUUACUCUGGUUGUGAACCCAAGUACAUCUAAAGUGAGGAUAUACAGCUGGACAAAGUUCAAGCAAAACAGUUGAAAGGACCAUUGGUGUUGAAUGUGUGCAUUUUCGAACCUUCUAAGAUUCAUAAAGUUAUUAUGGUUUGUCUAAUGCUGCAUAACUGUGCUAGAAAGCUCCAUCUGAUUAAAAGAAAUUCAAUGACAGUUACCCAGGUUUUGUUUUGUUACAAGAUGAUAACUUUGAUAUGAAAGAGAUUUCAACCCAAGUGGUUCAUGAUGUUGAUGGCAGAGCUGUUAUAUCUAAUAUACAUGUACUCUUAAAGACAGCUGUAGAUGACAAAGUAAUAAGUUAAUGUGAACUUUUUGAUUUACAUGCUCUGUUAACACAAAAUGAUAUUCAUAUUUUACAUUUUUCAUACAUCUUCAGUUUGAAUUUUAAAAUUAAAUCAAUAUGCAACAGGAAAAUAAUGUUAGUUAGAUGAUUUUAAUUGAGAACUACAAUGCAAAACAAUUCAUAAAAAUAAAGACAAAUUAAAAAAAUAAUUAUGAAAAAUACAUGAAAUUGUUUUAAUAUCUGAUAAAGAAUAAAAAAUAAUUUUAAGUAAUAAUUUUGUUCAUGUCCAAUAUUGAGUAACUGUUUAAUUACAUGUUCCCUCUGACAUGUCACCCAGUUUAAUUAACAAUUUAAGAUGGGUUAUCUUAAGUUAUCUACACUUGGUUUAUUUACUUCUACACUAUACUUGCUUCACUCUUCACAAUUUGUAAGGUGAAAUAAAUUAUAA